AUGGACAAGUUAUUACAUUGGUCCAUCGCCCAACAGGCCGGUGAUAAGGAAGCAUUGACCAAAAUUGGUGAACCAGAUCCAAAGUUAUUGAACCAGUUAUUUGGUGGACCAGAUGAAGUCGCUUUGAUGAAGGAAAGUAUUGCAAUUGCUCACAAUCCUAAGGUUGAGGACAAGGAUAAAGAGAUUGCUUUGGAAAAUUUUGAGAUGUUGAUUGAAAACAUGGAUAAUGCAAACAACAUUGAAAACUUGGGGUUGUGGCACCCCCUUGUGGACUUGUUGAAGCCUGAUGUGCCAGAUGACUUGAGGAUCAUUGUCGCUGGAAUCAUAGGUACUGCUGUGCAGAACAACCCAAAAUCACAAGAGGACUUUGAGAAAACAAAUGGCUUGCAAGAGUUGGCCAAGAUUGCCGGAGAUGAUGGCCAAAACAAAAGCUUACAAAACAAAGCCCUUUACGCCAUCUCUUCAUAUAUUAGAAAUUAUAAGCCGGGUUACAAGCAAUUUGACGAAUCAUCCGGAUGGGACUUGGUUAAACUUGGGUCUAAAGAUUCAAAGUACGAUUUACGAAUUUUGUCGCUUGUCUCCUCGAUACUAAGUAAUGGAUUAGAUAAUGAUGUUGAAAGCAGGUUUAAAAAAUCAAAGUUGGUUCAUUAUCUUGCUUCGGUAUUGAACUUGGACUCAAACGUCAAUUUGGUUGACAAGUCGUUAAACAUAAUAUCCGAGUUGCAUCGUUUAAGAUACGAUUUUUCUGCCGAUGAAACAUACGAAGUUGAUAGAGGAAUCCAAGUAGUUGAGGGGUUGAGUGAUAAGAUCAAUAUUGACGACCUAAACCGUGCCAAACAAGUUACUCAAAAGUAA